UGAUCCUUCAGCUAAUAUAUUCUACAGCACACCGAGUCAAACACGACAAUAACUCAGCUCUAAUAUUCCCGUAUUAUCGACAUGCCCUCUUAUAACCCCGACAAAUGGAUAGACCAACUCAUGGAAUGUCGCCACCUCCCAGAACCCGAUAUGAAAGUCCUCUGCGACCGUGUUCGCGCUAUACUCAUGGAAGAGUCGAAUAUCCAACCCGUUUCAAGUCCAGUCACCAUUUGCGGCGACAUUCACGGUCAGUUCUGGGACUUACUCGAACUGCUACGAAAGGGUGGACAGGUCCCAGAGACGAGUUAUAUUUUUAUGGGCGACUUUGUUGAUCGAGGGCAUUAUAGUUUGGAGACUGUGUCCUUACUGUUGGCGCUGAAAGCCCGAUACCCAGAUAAAGUCACUCUCCUCCGUGGAAACCAUGAAAGUAGACAAAUCACACAGGUGUAUGGAUUUUAUGAUGAGUGCCAGCAAAAGUACGGUAGUGCUGCUGUUUGGAAGGCAUGUUGUAGUGUAUUCGAUUUUCUCAAUCUUGCUGCUAUAAUAGAUGGAGAGACUUUGUGCGUGCAUGGUGGCCUAUCACCAGACAUUCGAACUCUAGAUCAAAUUCGUGUCCUCUCGCGUGCCCAGGAAAUCCCUCAUGAAGGUGCCUUCUGUGACCUCAUGUGGUCUGAUCCGGAAGACAUCGACACUUGGGCUGUCAGUCCACGCGGAGCUGGUUGGCUAUUUGGUAGAACUGUGACGCGAGAGUUCAAUCAUGUUAACUCGUUGAGUCUCAUUGCUCGUGCACAUCAGCUCGUGCAAGAAGGGUACAAAUACAUGUUUGAUGACCAACUCGUUACCGUGUGGUCUGCACCAAAUUACUGCUACCGAUGCGGUAACAUGGCGUCAAUACUAACAAUAAAGGAGGAUGGAAGUAGAGAUUUUACUGUUUAUGAUGCUGCCCCCGAGAACGAGAGAGAUAAGGGGAUGCAAACAAAAAAGAUGAAUACAAUGCCCUACUUUGUAUGACAUGGUGUAUUACGAUUAUGUAUGUGUACAGCGCUAUCCACUUCUUUGGUGUCGCCAUUUCA